AUGGCUCAUUUAAACGUCUUCCCUUCAACUUUUGCGCCGCGAGUCUACAACCCUUCAAACAUCCAGUCUGCACAGCCGAAGGAGAGAGGUUCUGGUGGUGCUGGAGGUGAUGGUAAAGGGGAGAUGGUAGAUCCUGUUACUUUCAAGGUUUUUACAGAUAAUACGCAUAUUGUUGCUAUACGGCAUGGCAGUGAGGCAAAUGUUUUUGCUUGGGAAACUGUGGAAAGAUUGAAUAUUAAAGCGAAAAUGUGGUUAGAUCUAGUCGAUGAUCGGGAAUUUGGGAGGUCAGAUAUUAUUACUUUACAAGAUCCGCAGAACAUCGAAAGCCGAGAUUUAAGCAAGUUUAAGUUCCUGAAAGAGGGAGAAUCUGUGUUGAGCAAAGAACAGGAGGAAGAAAGGUCUAAGGGUAGUGUUAAUAUUAACGCGCUGGGCAGAGUUGGAGAUAAAGUUUUGAGGGCAAAAGAAGCUGUGGAGAAAGCCAGAAGGGAAAGAGAAGCUGGUGGAGAUGUUAAUCGCGCCAAAUCGAUGGUUAAACAAGGAUCUGCGGCUUCUAUGGCGAAACCGUCAUUACUCCAAGAAAAGAAGACAGCAUACAAUGCAGCACAAUAUACAACCGGAAGAGCAGCCGCGAGUUUUACAAGUACAGGAUUAACUCCAGAAACUAGUGGGGAGAGAGCAAUUCUUACGGAUGAAGAAUAUAUGUUAAAACCAAAACGAGUCAAGAUAAAGGGAUAUGCUAGAAUCGAGACGAAUCUAGGUUCAUUGACCAUCGAAUUACAAACCGAGACGGCACCUCGAGCAGUAUGGAAUUUUGUUCAAUUAGCCAAAAAAGGUUAUUAUAAUGGUGUCUCCUUCCAUAGGAACAUACGAAACUUUAUGAUUCAAGGAGGUGAUCCAACGGGGUCUGGCAAAGGAGGUUCAAGUAUCUGGGGAAAGAAUUUCCAAGAUGAAUUCGACGGACCCUUAACCCACGAUUCAAGAGGUGUGAUGAGUAUGGCCAAUAAAGGCAAAAACACCAAUUCAAGUCAAUUCUUCAUCACCUAUAAAGAAGCCAAACAUCUCGACCGCAAACAUACCAUCUUUGGCCGAGUAGUCGGUGGCAUGGACGUCCUCAGCAAACUGGAAAAAGUAGAAGUAGACGAAAAAAGUCGACCGUUAAACGACAUUAUCAUGGAAAAUGUCGUCGUCUUUGUCGAUCCAUUUGAAGAAUUCCAAAAGCAGAAACAGGAGAAUGAUAUUGCGGAGAAGGAAAAGGCGGAGAUUAUGAGGCAGGGUGGAACUGAAGAUGAUAAAACUACGUGGACGGGUAAACGUAUUAGGGGGGAUGGAUCCGUGGUGCAGAAUGAAUCCUCUGGGGGUGUGGGGAAAUAUCUUAAAGCUGGUGUGGGUGCUGGUGCGGGUGCGAAUGCGAGGAAUAGUGGUAGUGUUGGUGUUGGGGAGGGGGCGGUCGAGGAGGAAGAGAUGCUACCUGUGAAGAAGAAAGUUAAGUCUAGUGGAUUUGGGAAUUUCGAUGGAUGGUAG